AUGAGCGUCCAGCCCAGCGACGGCGUCCCUGUCUCGCAGGAUACCACUGCUGCACCCAAGGAGAACGCCCCCGCUCUCCCGGCCGAAGCUAAAGGUUUUGGCGAAAGCUUCGAGAAGACCGUCGCCGACGGCGUUGCCAAGCUGAAGGAAGAGCCUGAGCACAUUACUUCCGAAGAUGCUGCCCGCGUCCAGAGCGCCGAGCACAAGGUCCUGGGAUUCCGUCCCCCUCCGGGCAGUGCUGCUGCACAGGUUCAAUCGAUGAGUGACAAGGUCGAGAACUUGCAAAACCUUGCUGAUGUCGCUCAGAAGAAGCUCGACGAGGAUCCAGCCACCGUCACGGUCGAUGAGGUGAAGGAGGUCUUGAGCGCAAUGCACAAGGUUCUCGGUCAUCUGCCAUCCAAGGAUAACACCUCUGCUACCAUGCAGCGUGCUGCUGCUGCCAACGACCACGAAGCUCAAGAGGGUGUUCCGGUUGAGAAGCCGGCUCUUGUUGGCCGUGCCCGUCGCCAGAGCAUCGUCGCGGCUGAUCAGUCUCCUGCCGCCCGUGAACAGGUUUACAGCGCCGUCGCUGAGCAGAUGAAGGAUAAGCUCGAGACGCACCCGGAGGACAUCACCAAGCAAGAUGCAAACACGAUGCGCAGUGUCGAUACUCGCGCCCACGGUGCCACGGAGAAGGGCAGCCUCACUGCGCAGGUUCAGCACGAAGCUGCCAAGCACGAGAACGGUGCUAAGCUUGACGAGACGGAGGCGGACAAUUCUGUUGAGAAGACCAAGGUUGCCGGCGAUGCGGAGCCUCAGACCCCAGUCGUGGCGGGUGACUAA